AUGUCGCCUCGUCGCCCUGUGGCCCCGUCGCCCUGUGGCCCCGUCGCCCUGUGGCCCCGUCGCCCUGUCAAGUCGCCUUCGCCCUGUCGUGUCUCUCCGUCGCCCUGUCAUUUUGACUCGUCGUCCGCGAGUCGUCCCGCGCAGGUAUCGCGCGCCAGCGGGAGUGCAUCAUCGAUAGCCCCACACGUGGACCUGCCCGCAUCGCCUCCGCACAUCCCCUUCCCUGUUGCCUUUCCACCUCUCCGCACAAAGUCUCGCCUCUUCCCAGCCGCAGUGCUGUUCUCGCUCUCCCUCUGCUGCGCAGCGGCGGGCGGCGGGCAACGUGUGCUGGUGGAUGCGAGCGACGUCAUCUUGACUGGAACAGGGACUGGAUCGAUAAGCGGCAGCACGUUGAGCAGCGGCAGCACGGGCGGCCCUGACAAACCUCUCGUUUUUGGAGCUGUAAGCACUGUCCCCCUCAGCAGCAGCAGCAGCAGCAGUAGCGGUGGCAGCAGCAGUGGCAGCAGCAGCAGCGGUGGCAGUAGCGGUGGCAGCAGCAGCAGCGGUGGGAGCAGCUCAAGCUCCACCAGCGAGGGGGGCACCGUGAGUUCAGGGGGCUCUGGGGCUUUACUUGUGUCAAGCGGCGGUGGAAGCAUAAACGGAGGCAGCACUGAAAUCAGCAUUGGAGGCGGCACCACUGGGAACCUCGGCAUUGGGAGCAGUGGCGCUGGGAGCAGCACUGGGAGCAGCAGCGGGGGAAGCACUGUGAGUGCGGGAGACACUGGGGGCUUACUUGUGUCGAGCGGCGGCGGAAGCAUAAGCGGAGGCAGCACUGAAAUCAGCAUUGGAGGCGGCACCACUGGGAGCCUCGGCAUUGGGAGCAGUGGCACUGGGAGCAGCACUGGGAGCAGCAGCGGGGGAAGCACAGUGGCUGCGGGAAACACUGGGGGCUUACUUGUGUCGAGCGGCGGCGGAAGCAUAAGCGGAGGCAGCACUCAAAUCAGCUUUGGAGGCGGCACCACUGGGAGCCUCGGCAUUGGGAGCAGUGGCAUUGGGAGCAGUAGCACUGGGAGCAGCAGCGGGGGGGGCACUGUGAGUGCAGUGGACACUGGGGGCUUACUUGUGUCGAGCGACCGAGCUGCCUCAGUGCUCACCUCACAAACCAACACGAGCGCCAAGUUCAACGUGGAUGUUAACAUCACAUCAGCGCAGCAGAGGGCGCUCUACAGCUUCACCGUGAUGCGCGUGCCGAGCAGCCCAGCACCUGUCUUCUCCAACUCCUCCUACCACACCACCGCGGGCCAGCUCAUAGCGGAGUUCACAUGCGUGCCCAAGCCCACCAGCACACUGGGCACCUACCGUUGCACCGCCAGUACUCUCGCCAACAUCACGGUGCCGUUCAGGCCGGUGAGCAGGGUGAAGGCGCUGGUGGAUGCGGGGUUCUUCAGCAACCCCACCGGCUUCUACUCCUCCAUCAAAGUGAAUGGUGUGGCUCUGCGUGGUGAUAUCAUCGCCUCUGUAGCUAACCUGUGA